AUGGCUAGCAGUGGUGUUGAAGGACUCAAAGGUACCUGGGACUAUGUCGAUGGUGAAAAUUUUGAUGAAUAUAUGAAAGAACUUGGUGUCGGACUUACGACACGUUUGGCAGCUAGAAGUAUCAAACCACGUUUGAUUUUUAGUGAAAAUGGUGGUAAAUGGACUGUAAAAUCGGAAAGUACAAUUAAAUCAACAUCAUACGAAUUUACACCUAGCGUUGAAUUCGAUGAAACAACACCUGAUGGACGACAAGUUAAAUCAACCAUCAACUUUGAAGGUAAUAAAUGGGUUCAUACGACCGUCGAUAAAGAUGGAAAAAAAUCAGUAGUUACACGUUAUGUUGAUGAUAAAGAUCAACAUAUGAUUGAUAUGGAAUGUGGUUCAGUAAAAGCUCGUCGUUGGUAUAAACGUGCCUAA